ACAAUGGACUGUACGCAGAAGUACAAACACUCCACAUAAUUUUCAUCUCCAUUUUCUACUGUGGUGCAUUCAUGUGAUUCCGUACUUUAGAGCCUACCUGACUCUUUGAGUAUUCCCAGAACAUGGCUCUUCUCAACUCCGUUUGUGUUGUGUUUGUUCUUGUUUCUCAAAUAUUUGCAUUGAGUUUAGUUGAUUGUGUAAGCACCGCCUCAGAGGAGUACUUAUCAGCACUGGGAGACCCGGGAAUGAAGAACCCAAAUGUUAGAGUUGCGUUGGAAGCUUGGAACUUCUGCAAUGAAGUUGGAGUUGAAGCACCCAACAUGAGCAGCCCCAGGUUGGCUGAUUGUGCUGAUCUCUCUUGCCCACUUAUAACCGGAAUUGACAGUAAGUGUGUGAUUCAUCACAGAGUAAAUGAAUCAGACAACGACUUAAGGGCAGGUGAUAAGUUUCCUGUAACGGAUUUUAAGCCAUACACAAACCCUGACUUGUAUGCACCGCAAAAGGAACUAUAUCUUGGUUCUUUAUGUGAGGUGCAUGAUUCAUCAGAUCCUUGGCAGUUUUGGAUGAUCAUGCUUAAGAAUGGGAAUUUUGACAAGAACACUACUCUCUGUCCUGAAAAUGGUAAGCAGGUGAGUAGAAUUGUAACUUAUAGGAACUUUCCAUGUUUUGGUCCAGGUUGUAUGAAUCAGCCACUUGUCUACCAUAGUUACUCAAGAUUGGUUUCUAAUGCGAACCAAAUGCCAUCAGUAGUUGGAGGGUUUUAUGGAACUUAUGAUCUUGAUGCCGAUUUAAGCAAAGGUAUUGGGCAGAACUCCUAUUUUUCAGUCUCAUGGGAGAAAGACUUGAGCACUGGAAGUUGGAUUUUCUCAAAGAGAUUGACAACAUCUGCGAAGUAUCCUUGGCUAAUGUUGUAUCUACGUUCAGAUGCAACAAAAGGACCUAAUGGUGGUUAUCACUACGAUGGCCGUGGCAUGAUGAAAAAGUUGCCAGUCUCUCCAAAUUUUAAAGUAAGAUUGAGACUUAAUGUUAAACGAGGAGGAGGGUCCAACAGUCAAUUUUAUCUUCUUGAUAUAGGAAGCUGUUGGAAGAACAAUGGAAAACCAUGUGACGGUAAUGUUUUGACAGAUGUGACUAGAUACAGUGAAAUGAUAAUAAACCCAGCAACUACAAACUGGUGCCGACCAGAUAACCUUGUCUCCUGCCCACCUUACCAUGUUACAGAAACUGGUAAUAGGAUAUAUAGAAAUGAAACAUCUCGGUUUCCAUAUGCUGCUUAUCAUCUCUACUGUGCUCCUGGAAAUGCGAAAUAUUUGGAGAAACCAUAUGAUAUAUGUGACCCAUAUAGCAACCCUCAAGCACAAGAAUUGGUGCAGAUUCUUCCCCACCCUGAAUGGUCUGUACAUGGCUAUCCUGAAAAGAAAGGAGAUGGAUGGAUUGGAGACCCCAGGACAUGGAACCUUGAUGUGGGUGCACUCUCCAGCCGGUUGUACUUCUACCAGGACCCAGGAACAGAACCUGCAAAGCGCGUAUGGUCUUCAAUCAAUGUUGGUACAGAAAUAUAUGUCAGUAGCGCAGGAGAGACUGCAGAAUGGACUGUAAGUGAGUUUGAUGUACUAGUUCCUCAAGGUGUUGAAGAUGAUGAUUCAAGCUCCUACUGUAACCACCCAUUAUGUGGUGGGGGAAAGUAAUAUUUGAAUACAUAUACGUAAUCAUUUUAUCCUUUCAUUGACAAUUCCUCCAAACUGGAGGGAAAUCUGCUAUAUAUAUCUAUAUCAUUCAUUUCA